AUGUCUCCCUGGCUGAUGGGGCUGCCUUCGCAGCUCACUAAAAUCGCUACUCGACCCUUCCAGCAGGCAUCACCACUCGCCUUCCUUCUCCCGCAAUUCCAGCAAACCCGCAAUGCUCACAUCCUAGCCUCCCUCUCCGACAACCCGACAGCCUACAACAAGCGUAUUCGUCGAGGUCGUGGUCCCGCCUCCGGCAAGGGUAAGACCUCCGGUCGCGGUCACAAGGGUCAAGGACAGCACGGAAAGGUCCCCGCCCGCUUCAAUGGUGGACAGACGCCCGAGAUCAUCGUCCACGGCGAGCGUGGCGGUGUUAACAUCUUCUCCGUUGAAAUGGCCACCGUCAACCUCGAACGCAUUCAAAACUGGAUCGACCAAGGCCGUCUCUCCCCCGGAGGCCCAAUCACCAUGAAAGAGCUCUACAAAAGCGGCUGCAUCAGCCGACCCAUCGACGGCGUCAAGAUCCUCGGCGACGGCGCCUCCGCCCUGAAGCAGCCUAUCCACGUCGUUGUUUCCCGCGCCUCUGCCUCCGCAAUCGCUGCCAUCGAAGCCGCCGGCGGUUCCGUUUCAACCCGCUACUACACCCCUUCUUCCAUCCGUCGCAUCCUAGAUGGCAAAACACACACUUUCCUUUCUGAUCGGUGGGCACGCGAGAGCGGCUCCGAGGAACUGUACCGUAUGGCGCAGGUCGGGCCGAACAAGAAGGAUUGGGCUUCGGUCCUGAGCCGCAACCAUAAAGCGUUCCGUCUGCCGGACCCUACGAAGCGUCGCGAUAUCGAAUAUUACCGUGACCCUGCGCACCGGGGUUACCUCUCGCAUCUGCUUAAGCCCCUCGAGGGUCCCAGUUUGUUCUUCCGUUCCUCUGAGGAGCGUAAGUCCGCUGCUGGUACCAAGAAGGAGAAGGUUCUUGAUGAGAACAGACUUUGGUAG